AUCUACCUGGUGUACUGUUGUGUAUGCAACAAGAUUUUGAAGUUUCAUCUCUUGAGCUUUGACGUAUAUUUAUAAGAUCUACAGUACGUAUAGUUAUCCUUCUGCUUUGAGCCCUUGUUGAGGUCUCUGCUUGUCACCACUUGUCAUUCCAGUCAAUUCCAGUCGAAAAGACCGCAGUUACAUAAUCUAACCUGAAGAAGUUGAAUGAUCCGACAGCUGUCAGCAGUACUUGCCGCAAAACAAAAACGCAGAGUGCAGGUGCAAGCCAAGUUCGCGAUCGUCAUUCCGACAUUUGAGGUAAAAAGGGUAAAAAGAAGAGCUUAUUCUACCUAUGGCGAAGGGUGGAGAUUCCUCGAAGGGUGGUGACUUUCAGAAACACUUAGCUGGCGGUGAGACAACUGGCCAAUACUUGGCCCAGGUUCUCUACAAUACUAAAACCGAUUUUAAGCCGCUGCCUGGAUUUACAGAAAAAGAUGACAACACCAGUUCCUAUCGUCUUCAAGCAAGUGUUGACUGCGACGAAGUCUGUCCCAAUAUUUAUAUCGGAGAUGCAGCAACUGCUAAGAAUAAAAAGUACCUGAAAAUGCUGGGGAUAACACAUGUUUUGAAUACCGCUGAAGGCAAACGUUUUGGAUUCGUCGAUACUGAUGCAAAUUACUACAAGGACACCACCAUGAAGUACAUGGGUCUUCCUCUAGCCGAUUUACCUUCGACCUGCAUUAAUCAAUACUUUCAUGCAGCAGCGACAUUUAUUGAAGAAGCCGUGUCCACGGGAGGCAAGGCGUUUGUUCAUUGCAUGAUGGGUAUGUCACGCAGCGCGACGUGCGUUCUCGCCUACCUCAUGAUUAAAGAACAAAUGCUUGCUUCGAAAGCAAUUCAAACAGUACGUAGCAAUCGAGACAUUCAUCCCAAUGAUGGCUUCCUUCGUCAGUUGGCCGAAUUGGAUAACCAGCUACGCAGGCAACGUUUAUAAUAAGCAAUAAUUAAGUACCUUAAAUUGAAUAUCUUUAUACACUUCUCACCUACUACAAACCUCAAGUAUUGAGAAGAGCGAACCAAUACACUAAUCUUAAGAUGUCAAAAUAACUAUUGCAAUAUUUUUUAUCAAACAGCUAUUAAUGCCAAAUAUUUGCCUUUUAUCAAUGUUUGAUGUGCAUGUAUGUCGCAAAUGCGUCAAUACCAAAUUUAACAGUUUGUAUGUGUAUAUCUCAGGAAUAUUCGAUGAAGCGGACACCUCCAGGUAAUUUAAGGCAACUGCCUUAUACUGUGCCUUGCAUUGUGGGUUUAGGGACCCCACUUCACUGAACAUUCCAGGAAUGUACGAGCGUUUACAAAACAUGCAAUCAUUGCUCACUUGGAAGACUGUUUUGAAACGUAGAUUUGCAAUUGUAACAAUUUUGGGAGCAAACCUGAAUCUUUAUAUAAUAAUAUGGACGUUAUAGUGCAGGACAAUUAAUAUACUUUACAAAACUAAUGCUGUAUAAUAUAUUCAAACAACAAACCACUAUGCAAACAGUAUCAAAUGUAACCCAAACGAUUACGACCAAAGUUUUCAACGAUAAUUCUCUUUUUUGCAACAAUAUCGCAAUUCGCAAAAUAAUGCCUUUGUGAUUCUGUUUAGAACUUGACGUCUGUAAUAGUCAUCUGCCAUACUUUGUAAAUAAUUCACCAACAAAUUGUGUAACAACUUUGUGCAUAUAUACAGAUCUCUUUCGAUGUACCUGCAUUUCUUGGACAUGAAGUACCGUAUUGUUUCAAACUUAAUACGUCGACAUUUAAUUCUAGGAAUCUGUUUUUGGAAUUAUUCCUCAAAUAUGCAUGUAUGGUUAACCGCCACCUAUAAGUAAGGUAAGAGUUGUUCAACUUAUAUUCAGCACCAAAAACCUCGGCAUACGUAUAAUAUUUGAAACAAUAUGCUGACUAUACAUAUACGUGUAAGAUACUAAUACACACCAACAACGAAGUGCUUAUUAGUUAGAUAGCGUUUU